AUGGGACACACGAGCCACUCCGGCCACUCCGGGAAAGCUGUCCGGGAAUUCGCCGCUCGUAUGAUUGGCGUGUUAGCUGCGUUGCUAUUGGUUGGAGUCAUAGCAAUCAUCACGACAGUUGAUGCCCAGAUCCUCACGCUUCCGCGACCAUUGGGGGCCCCGCCACCGACAGUUUGCGUAACGAUGCGCAACGACAGCAAAGGCUCAAAAUUCUUGCUUCACGUGAAG